AUGUCCCACUCAUCACCACCACCAGAGAUAGAGGCUCAGUCGCAGCUCAGUAGUAGUCCGGGGUUUUCGUCGCGAGGUGGCUCGGUCAAGGCUCUUUCCCUGUCGACUAUGGCCGAGCCACAGGCCAACGUCGCUGGACGGUGGCUACACUAUUACACAACGUACCGAGUGUGGGUGUGUAAGCACUGUUGCCGACAGAUUGGCACUGGUCCAGCCGCCGAGACACAUUUUCGGGCAGUACAUAAGCUCGGUGGUACUGUACUUAAGCACUUGCUCACCCACAUCGGCUCGGGGGUGGACGAGAAUGGUGGCCGGCAGCCAGAGGAUGGAAUGGCGCCGGUAGAAUGGGCGCAACCACCGGUACUUGGGUUUACAUGCUCCGGUUGCCUGUACCGGACGCGCAAUCGAGGUGAGGCUGUGAAACAUAGUCGAACCAGUGGGGUGGGACAUGGACCGUGUCGCCGAGUGUGGUUACAGUCGUGGUCGCCAGGCAAUCGGGCACGAUACUGGAUUGUUCGCACUGGAGUGGAGGCGGAGAUAUCGUCAUCAGAGGCAGUACCACUGUCAUGUGAGGUCGGUGUCGACAGUGACGCCAGUCCGACACCGACCGUCAGCGUGGCGUUCGCGGCGCGCAUGCAGGCGUAUACCACGACUAUGGAACAGGAGCUGGCCGCAUACUGGGACACCGUGCGGCAGGCUUCCGCCGUGGAACAGGUCGUGGCGUUGGGACGGGUGACCAAGAGCAUGCUACGUGUGACCGCGUCCGGGGUGAAUCGACUGCCGACCGUGCCGACAGACACGUUAAUCUGGCUGCACAGCAUUCGGAGUGAGUACGCGGAUCGGGGCACAUUGCCGUUCAGCUCGAAGCAAGAGGUCGAGACAAAUGUGCGGUACACGAGUAUUGGGUCGCGGUACGUCUGCUACUGCGUGCGGAUGGCGCGCAUCGGGCAAACGGCGGCGGCAGCACAGUACGGCGUCCAUUUCAGUUCCGCGCAGUGGUCGGCGGUGGAGGAAGUGGUAGCAGCAAUGGAGUGCGCUGAGGAGAUGGAUCUGUCUGAGGAGGAGGAUGCCCGGCUGGACGCCGCAGUGCUCGCAUUAUGGAUCGUGACGGUUGAGCAGAACAUCGCGCACAAAUGGCGGAAUCCGUUGAUCCAUUUCUGUGCCGUUUUGGCGAUCAGGGAGACGGUGGCGACGACAACCCCGGACGACAUCACCGGUGUGGCGGCAACAGCCGAUAUUCCGGCAAGCUACCGUUGGACGCCGGCACGAGACUACACCCCGACGCUGGCAGCACUAGUUUGGGUCAUUCGUAUCAUGAUGCUGGAACAGUGGUGUCAGGCACACGACACACAAGCGGCCGAGAUGGUGGGGCAGUUGGCGGCACAUAUCGAGGCGUUCCGCGAGAUGCACACUGAUUGGCUGGCAGUUGGGUCAUACUCACCGAUAAGCGUGAUACUCGAGUGGAUGUCGUAUGGACGGGGAAUCCGCGAGAAGGAGGGUGGUAUGCCAAAGGUGAUGUGGGAGAGUGACCGGCAGGCGAUCCGAUAUCUGGGCGACCGUGUGACCGGGGCAAGGUUUCAGCAGAUGGCGCGGACGGGGCUCGAUCGGCUGGACGAGAUGCUACACACGAUCAUGGAAGGCGAGUGGGCACGCGAUCAGACGACACUCGACUUGGGCCGCAUCACCGACAGUUUCAUGUUCGAGAGCGAGGGACGGUCGUUCUUGACCGACGCGCGCAACCGGUGGCUGAAGCCAGGCUUCGAACUCAUGGCGGGGCGAGCGGCGAGGACACUGCUGCAGCAGGGUCGGACAGCGUGGCACCGGAAACGCGCUCAGCGGCGGCUGCGCUUGAUCGAGCGGUUUGAACGGGCGCUCAUGCGGGAAGUACAUGUGUGGGGUGGACAACCGGGACGGGGAUUGGAGUUGACGACGAUCCGAUAUGCCGACACGGUGGAGGUCCCGCGCAACGUGUACGUGUUUGAGGGGGAUGUACUGAUUAUCAGUGACCGGGACAAGAACCGGACAGUGCGUGGAUUUGGUCGCAAAGUGGCGCGAUUUCUGCCGCGGCGGCUUGGGCGGAUGAUGGUGGCAUAUCUGGCGUGGAUCAUGCCGUUCAAGACAUUUAUGAUGCGGGACGCGGCCGUGGGCACGACAUCCGUCGAGACGUACACGUACGUGUGGAAGGAUGGGGUGGCGGCAGGACGCGCAGUGGGACCGUGGACGACGGAGACGCUGACGCAAGAACUGCGUGAGCUCAGCGGUGAAGUGAUCGGAGUGCCGUUGGGGACGGCUGACUACCGACACGUGGCGAUCGCGUUCGGGGCGGAGAUCAAGGGGAUCAUGAUCCGGCGGGCCGCCGUGGAAGACGUGGAGGAGGACGAGAUGGAAGGGGCAGGGGUGCAACGGCCACACGAGGGGCAUUGGGACUGCGUGUGGGACUUGCAGGCGACGCACGGGCGGAUCAUGGCGCGACAGCACUACGCGAUCGACGGGCGGUUUCCGUGGCAGCUGCAACCGGAGCAGAUGUUCAACUUUCGUGAGAUCUCGCGAUUAUGGCACGCAUGGCUCGAGGGGCCGCGCGUGGUCUCGGGCGGGGGGUUGGUGACACCGCCGUCGAGUGUCGGCUCGUCCGCUGCGUCUCGUCGUCGGCCGCGCGAGGAGACACCGACCGAGGUGGGUGGGUCACCGAGCAAGCGGAGACGCAUGUCGCGGGAGGACGAGCACGCAGUAACAUCACCGUGCGUGGCGCCGGCACAUUGUUCAGCCGGCUCGUCCGCCGAGGAAUCAUCGCCGGCGUCACGGUCGGCACGGGAGUUGGCUCGACGGGAGCGAGCAGUGGCGCGACGGGAGAAGGAGGUUCGACGCCGGGAGCGCAUCGUGUCGUCACUGUCGCGAGCAGUCUACGAUCCGGUCGUGGAGGCCGGCAUCGACAAUGUGACACGGGCUGUCACACCGGGGACGGUCAGCACGACCGCACCGGUGGUCAACACUGUUACAGUUGAGACGAACGUGCGAGAGACUGCACCGCCGGACGCAUUGCUUCGACACUUGCAGCAGAUGUACGGACCGGGCGCGGCGUGGAAGACGGUAGAGCAGCGUCAGGCAAUGCUACAGGUCUUGCACGUGCCGGUCGGACAGGCGUUGGUGGUGGUGCUGCCGACCGGUGGUGGCAAGAGCGUGCUCUUCACGUUGCUGGGGCUAAUACAACCGACACGGACACACAUUGUGGUCGUGCCGUUCGUGGCGCUCAAAGGCGAUUUAAUCACGCGUAUGCGGGCGGCCGGGGUGACCGUGAUGGUGUGGCGGUCGCGCGUGGAGGGCGAAGAGCCGUUGACGGCGACCGCACCGGUCGUGGUGGUGAGCGCGGACUCGGUCAACAGUGAAUCGUUUCGCAUGUACGUGGAGCAAGUGCGCGCGCGGGGUCGUCUAGGUACAAUCUUUGUCGACGAGGCACACACCGUGAUCACGGACGUGUCGUAUCGGGUGGCGCUGCGAGAUCUGGGCGAACUUAGGCGCUAUGGCCGACCGCUCGUGUUGCUGACGGCAACACUACCGCCGACGUUGGUGUCGUGGUUUCACAACGCGAUGGGGUUGGUGGCCGGCAUGACUCGCAUGGUGCGGGCGUCGACUGUCAAGGCGAACAUUGUAUAUCGUGUAUCGCGAGUGACCGGCUCGUCGAAGCGUGACGAGGAUCAAGAGGCGAUCCGGCACGGGGUGUGUCAGACCGUUCAGACGCUGGGGUCGCGGAUGCAGGGGAACAUGAAGGGGAUCGUGUACUGUCGAUCACGGGCCGGGGCCGAGCAGCUGGCGGCGACACUCGGAUGUGCAUGCUAUCAUUCCGAGCUGGCGGAGACGGCACGAGCGGAGCGGCUGGCCGCGUGGUCGUCGUCCGCGGUGGGCGUCAGUCGCUGGAUUGUCGCGACAAGCGGGCUGGGGACCGGUAUUGACAUUGAAGGAAUUGUGGCGAUUGUGCACGCUGAAGCGCCGUGGGGCAUGGUCGACUUUGUGCAGCAAACCGGUCGCGGAGGACGACGGCCGGGCGAAGAAGUCGAGUCGGUGGUGGUAUUGGGUCAACAAGAACCGUGGUGGCCGCAGGACGUGGACGAUGCAGCGCAGCUCAACAUGGCAGCGAUGGAGCGAUUUUUGCAGACGACUGGAUGCCGACGAGCUGUGAUCAGUGAGUUCAUGGACGGGCAAGCGGUGUCAUGUGCAGCAGUGGUCAACGGGGCUAUGUGUGACCGCUGUAGUGGAAGUGUCGAUCACGCGGGAGAAGAAGCACUGCAGGAGCUGCAAGAGGAGGAGAAGAGGGAGCAUCCGGACCGGGAGAUGCAUC